GAACUAAUGUAUCGUAUUUGCAAUUCAAGACCAAACAGUCAUCCAUACAAGGGAAUCAUUGGUUCAUUCAAACACCACAGUUUGAUGUUUGGAUUUCAAGUUAUUGGAUAUUGGGACUAACUUAACAGGUGUGCUACACUACAUUAGUCAUGACUGUUGCUAUUCCGGGCGAAAGUGCUAGAGAGAAAGCACUAAGUUACUACAGACGUAAACUUGUGGAACAUAGAGGGAUAGAUGCAAGACUCAAGGAAGCUCGAGAGAAAUCCAAAGCGAUUUCCAAAGAGUACGACAAAGCAGAGAAUGAUUUGAAAGCGCUCCAAAGUGUUGGCCAGAUAGUAGGUGAUGUUUUGAAGCAGCUGACCGAUGAUCACUUCAUUGUUAAGGCUAGUAAUGGACCGCGAUAUGUUGUUGGCUGUCGACGCAGUUUACAAAGCAGUAAAUUAAAGCCGGGUACUAGAGUUGCAUUGGACAUGACCACAUUGACAAUUAUGCGCCAACUACCACGUGAAGUCGAUCCACUAGUUCAUAACAUGUCUGCAGAAGACCCAGGUUCUGUAUCUUAUGCUUCCGUUGGUGGUCUGGCUGAUCAAAUUCGUGAACUCAGAGAAGUAAUUGAACUCCCGCUUAUGAAUCCAGAAUUGUUCCAUAGAGUUGGUAUAACCCCUCCAAAAGGAUGCCUUCUUUAUGGUCCACCGGGGACUGGGAAAACUCUUCUAGCACGUGCAGUAGCAUCACAACUUGAUGUUAACUUCUUAAAGGUUGUAUCCAGUGGUAUUGUUGAUAAAUAUAUUGGUGAAUCGGCUCGUCUUAUUCGAGAAAUGUUCAAUUAUGCACGAGAUCAUCAACCCUGCAUUAUUUUUAUGGAUGAGAUUGAUGCAAUUGGUGGUCGUCGUUUCACUGAAGGUACAAGUGCUGAUCGUGAAAUUCAACGUACUUUAAUGGAAUUAUUAAAUCAAAUGGAUGGUUUUGAUGCACUUGGUCAGGUUAAAAUGAUCAUGGCAACUAAUCGUCCGGACACCCUUGAUCCGGCUCUGCUUAGACCUGGACGUUUAGAUCGUAAAAUUGAAAUUCCUCUGCCUAAUGAACAAGCUCGAAUGGAUGUACUAAAAAUACAUGCAGCUCCAAUAGCCAAACAUGGUGAAAUAGAUUGGGAAGCAGUUGUUAAACUAUCUGAUGGAUUCAAUGGAGCUGAUCUACGUAACGUUUGCACAGAAGCUGGUAUGUUUGCUAUACGUGCAGAGCGAGAUUAUACAAUAGAAGAGGACUUUAUGAAAGCUGUACGCAAAAUAGCCGAUGCAAAGAAAUUAGAAACAAAAUUAGAUUAUAAACCAGUCUGAAUUACUGACCAAAAAAAGUUAUUCAACAAAUAUUGAUUUUCAAUAAAACAAACUUUCUUUUAUUAAUCAACUUAUUAAAGUGUGUUUAACCAAUAAUUACUUGUAUAUUUUGGUUGUUAUGUUUGAUAUAGUACAAGGUAAAAUAGAAAAUGUAAUUUACUGGUCAUAAUUUCAUCUUUUUCAAUCUAGUUAAUGUAAUCAAGUUGUAUUGAUUAAUUAAGGCUUUAUCAUGGUAUUUCAUAUAUGUUCCUAUGGGAAUGACUAAAUUAGAAUUGUGUGCAAAUAUCUCAAUCCAAUAUUAUACUAAAUUGAUAUGCUGAAUAAACAUUAACUUAUCAAGAUUAUAUAUCUUUAGAAUUUGUGAAGAUAUAGUUAUUAUCAUCUACUGCUUCUACCGAUGAGGGACCGUCUUAUUAUUAGGGUGAACACGAUAAUUGUUAUUGUGAUGUAGCAACCCUAUGUAGAUGACAUUUGGUUACAUUACCUUUAGAAACACUAUAAUAAAUAAUAGAAUUUACCUGAUUGUUUUUGAUAUAUAUGCGUUGAAGUGUGAUGACGUGCUAAUCAUUUAAACUGUCUAGUCACAUGAUAUCUGAUCUUAAUAUUUCCGACUCAUCAAUUGAAAUUAUUCAGCUUAAGAAUAACAGAUAUCUGACCAAUAAUUAUGUUAUGACUAAACAGACCUCUUUACUAAGGCCCCCAAAUGCCCUGGUACG